CUUUCCUGCUGUUGUGACUGUACGCUAAUCAGCUAACGUCCGUUAGCUAACUCCGUUGAUUUUCUUCUACAAUGGUAGUCGAGGUAGAAAGGUUCUUUGGUGUGUACAUGCUGUACUGCACCAAUCCUAAAUUUAAAGGCAGGAUUUACAUUGGCUUUACUGUGAACCCUGAGCGCAGGAUCGGACAGCACAACGCUGGACGGCACAGGGGGGGAGCCAAGAGGACUAGUGGAAGAGGACCAUGGGAAAUGGUCCUUAUUAUACAUGGCUUUCCCUCUGAUAUUGCUGCCUUGAGGUUUGAGUGGGCGUGGCAGCACCCUCACUCCUCCAGGCGUCUCUCCCACAUCACUCGGCGCUCCAGGAAAGAGUCAAGCCUGCAGUUCCACUGGCGUGUCGUCUCCAGCAUGCUGCGGGUGGCGCCAUGGACCAGGCUGCCACUGACGGCCCGCUGGCUCAAACAGGAGUACAAGAUGGACUUUGAGCCCAGUCUACAGCCUCCUCUGCACAUCCCCAUUGCUUUCGGAAGUGUGAGAGCCAAGAAGAACAUGCCACUGCAGACUGCAGGAGAGGAAGACGAGGAGAAAUCCAGGUGUUUUCUCUGUAAAGGGCUAGUCAAGGGAUCGGAGAAGCUGAGCUGUUUCCACGUGUCGUGUGGAAUGAGCAGUCAUGUGAUCUGCCUCGCCAAACAUUUCCUGAAGUCAGAGCCGUCCCACCUCCUGCCAGUGGAGGGUGAAUGUCCGGCCUGUCAUCGUUCUGUGCUGUGGGGGAGUCUCGUCCGCCACAAACACGGCUGUUUCGGGGACCUGGAGGAAAUCACACCGUCUGCAUCCCAGAGCCACUGGGCAGAUGAACUGCAGAUAUGAGGGAGUGAAACCUGCAAAAAUGAACUUCUGUUAUCUUCUUAAUGAACUGUUUUCCUGAUAACACUGUCAGUGGCUCUGUAGAGAAUGUGUGAGGACAUAUGCCUUUUCAAGCUGAACAGGACUUUACAGGAACUUUAUAAAAUGUCCCACAUAACUGUAUAUGCAUUCUUCCUGGCUGUUCCAUUUUUUAUAAUUCUGAUCAUGAAGUAUCAUUUUAACCAUGUCUACUUGAAUAUAUGUGUUUAAUGUAUGAAAUAUUUCAGAAGAAAAACUGUUUUUAAUGUUUUUGUGCCCAAUAAAAAAGAUGGUUUUAUAUUGUA